UAUUUUAUUAAGGACCGAUUUUGCUUGUAGUGUUUUAUCAACAUCUGUUCGACACCGCCACUAUCAAAGAAUGCUGAAAACUCAAACAAAAUUUUCUGAAAAAGCGUUUCUUGAACGUCGUUGAUGUAAAUAACCUUGAACUUAAUUUCGUGGUUAUCAGUUUAUUGGCUGAACAAAGUUGUGUGUAUUUCCGUACGUAUUAUGUGUCAAAUGAUUUGAUAACAAGGAAAGCUGAAACUUGAAAGUAGUCAUGGCGAGUUUUGAUUCAACAGACCUGAACUGUAAGUAUAUACAGUGCAAAAAAAAAAAUCGUGCUUUAAUUGCAUGAUUCUCCAAUUUAUCUCGUUGAUAAAUGUUGCUUCAGCAUUAGGUUAGUUUUAAAUAGGACACCCGUUGAAAUAUACUAGACUUUUUAGGUUAAUAUAGCUUUUAAGAGUUAAGUUGUAAAAUAACAAACUAUAUUAUGAUCAAUUUAUUUUGUUAAGGGAUAUUGAUCAAAGCAUUUUGUGAUAUCUCUCGUGAUGUUGUUAGCAUUAAUUUUAGGCUAAAGUUUUGAUCUAGGAUUUCAAGUUGCGACCACACAUAGAGCUCAGGUGGAUACCAAUUAACGGUUGAGGGUAGAAUCAGAAUUUAGUUGGACAAAGCACGGACCCAUUUAGCUCAAGUACUCUUUUUUGCAUCUUUUUUUCGCCUUCUGAAUGGAUGCUACUCCAGUCUAGCCUUACUUUGGCCAAUGCUGGUACCUAUUUAUACUCUUGAUUGGCGAGAAGUACUGUAACAAUAAAGUCUUUUGCCAAAGAAACAAUGUGGGAAGUACCACGACCUAAUGACCAGUGCACUGGACUCCAGGCCAAGAGGUCUGGGUUCAAGACCUGAUUAGGUCUUAGUGUUGUGUUCCUGGGCAAGACACUCUACUCUCCCCAUGCCUCUCUAUACUGUAUAAAUGGAUGCUGCCAAAUUGCCAGGGAAGUUUGAUGAAAUGGUAGGGCAUAACCUUGUAAUGGACUAACAUCCCAUCCAGGCAGGCAAAUAGGCUUGAGUACAGAUUUUGCUUUGCCUAGUGAAAAUAUACCAAUCCAGCUUCAGCUAAAUUGUGGACCUCUCCAUCUAUAGUCUGUUCUGUUAAUCAUUAGAACACUGUGUCUUACAUGUCUUACAUUUGUUUUUGAAGAUUUGAAGGUAUUUUUGUUCAUUUUUUGUUUCAGUGGACCAGACAGUCACUAACUUACCCAGACACCCAAUAAAAAGAUUCGAACCAGCUUUACGUAAAUUUGAAGUGGCACUUCCAGCGGAUCUUGCCAGACUUCAGCAACACAAGAAAAACAUGGAAACGGCAAGACAUCUGUUAUAUUUUAGUUUUACAAUCUGCAAUUAUGUGUAGGGGAAAGAAGUAGAAAAGAAAAUUCUGAAAAAGUGACUUGAAACCUCUAAACCCGAUGAAUACCAUUCGUUUGUGAAAUUUCAGCCCUUGCUAGCUAGUCAACAUCUUAGCCUGUUACUGUUUAUGAAUCUCAGUUCCUGAGAUGUUCAAGAUGCUGGCAAGCAUCUGAGUUUCAUCUCAGUGAUUGGGGGCAGAGGUUUUCAUAUAGAAAUGAAGAAAAUUUUUGACAGGUUCUUAAAGAAAGAUUGGCAGGAAGAGACCUUUUAAACAUGGCCAACUUGGUUAAUCAGAUAUUUAUGAAGAAUUUUUAUGAAGAGUUCAGAAGUGGUUGGAAGCACAAUAGUUACUAUCUAUUUGUAACAAUUUGUCUUGUGUUCAUAAUUUUUAACUCAACUUUUUUGUCUUGCAGUUUUACAGUUCAGUAGCUUGGUUUGAACUGAAUAAAGAACAAAUAAAUGCUGCAAGAACAGUACAGGUAUAAUAGUUUUAGGAGUGCAUGGGAAAAAGAUACAUUUAACUUGUGAUACUCUUGCACAAAUGGUGUAAUCCAGUUUAGAUAUAUUAUUGCAGUCAAGUUUCUCAUACCCAUACACCAGCCGAAAUAGAAAAAGAAUCCAUUAGUAGAACUGUCCACCUAUGGCAAUUAUUCUAUCAGGGAACACCAAAGAAAAAUAAGGUGGAUUUCUGCUUACGGAAAAGUGUUAUGUCAGACUCUUGUUAACACUUUAACUCCCUGACCAAGUUUGUAAUUCUCCUUACUGUCAACCAUACAAUUCUUAUGAUGUUAGUUCAGAGAAUUUAGUAUUGGAUCAACUUAUUAUCCCCAACUUAAUAGUUUUCUUUAUUCUCAUCACUUGUCUGGUUGAUAUUGUAUUGAUAUUGUAAGGAGAAAUUCUUUCUUGGUCACUCUUGAGAGUUAAAUGCGGACAAAUAGAGAUUGACAAGAGAUAAGGAGUUAAUAUAUGCUUGUACCCCAAUGCUUGAAAAGAAAUAUCAUUUGAUAUUAGUGUGGAAAAAGUAUAUUAGUUAAAAUCUUGAGUUUUGUAUCCAAACAUUUACACUUAACCAUGUCUGAUUUUUUUUUAACCCUUUUAAGCCCCAAUAGAGACCAACAUCUUAUUUCUCCUUGCAGUAAUACUGCUAAAUCAUUCACUAAGAUCAUGAGAAUGAAGGAAAUGAUCACCAACUUAAGAAGCUCUCUGUUGUUAAACAAGUUCUUCUUAUCGGCACCAUAGGAAAUGUGAAGAGAACAGUAUAAGGAAUAUAUAUUCAUUAUAUAUAUAUAGACAGAUAGGAAGUCUGUGUUUUAGUUAGUAGAAGUAGAGCAUGAUAUUAUUGAGUUAGGGAAAAAACAAAGAGACUACGCUUUCAUCUCAACAAGCCUGUUUUGUGAUUAAGUCACUCUUCAGGGGAUUCUAUACGUACAUGCAUAUAUAUAUAUAUAUAUAUAUAUAUAUACAUGUUGCGAUAGGGAAAAAAACAGAGAGACUAUACUUUCAUCCCUACAAGCCUGUUUCGUGAUUGCUCACUCAUCAAGGGAUUUGAUAAAUAAAAUCCCCUGAUGAGUGAGCAAUCACAAAACAGGCUUGUAGGGAUGAAAGUAUAGUCUCUCUGUUUUUUUCGCCUAUUGCAACAUAUAUCAUGCUCUACUUCUACAUAUUGAGCACUGUAAACAGAAAAAUCAGUACACAGACUUCCUAUAUAUAUACAUGUAUGUAAUGAUGUUGAGGGUUAAUGUGUGUUGAAUUUACAGCAAUUGAAAUCCCACUUGAAAGAAAUGGAAAACAUACGUAAACAGGUACAGGUAUCAGAUAUUCCUGAGUUUGACCAGCGAAUCAAGCCGCUACAGGAGGAAAUCUUGGCUGGAGUCAGUUCUUUUAGAGAGGUGCAACAGAUGUAUGCUCGGGAAAAACAGGACAAGGAACCUAAGAGGAUGCCUUUUGCCAGAUACAAAGAUACUUGUAAGUAUAUCAUGAUAUUAUGAGCAGCUAGUGUUUCUUUAAAAAAUACCAGAACAGAACUAUUCAGUGAGUUAUUUCUGAGGAUUUAUCAUUAUUAAUAGUUGUGACUAAGUACAUAGCGAGAUCUCAAAAGGUUUUUGAAAGGGGUGUAGGUGAUCUGAGAAUCUUAAGAUAGAGGAGAUGAGGUGGGUUGGGCCCUCCUAUGGGUGCCACCACGAGUGACAAAGACUGCAAGAUUUGAGCUUGUAAGAAAAGUGGGACAUAACAGGCAGAGGUCUGGUAGUUUCAUGCAGGACCCCUGCAAGUCCAGUGCCCUGUCUUGGCUGUAAAUGCAAUCAGGAUAGCAAAAGAAUACCUGAAAUUUCAAGCAAUGAAUACCUGAAAUUUCUGGCAUCAAGUUCUGGUAGAAAGGGGUGAUAUAAACCAACUGACCUUGGUAUGGCAGUAGAAUUGUGAUUUCAAGUCAUUUGAUAAAAUUACUGGGAUAAUCACAUGUAGCUGAAAGAGUUCCUAAAUCGCAAAAAAGAGCUAGGCCUUGAGGAUUCUCUUUAGCACUCAAUGGAUCUGCAUUAACCUUUUGAUCCCCUAAGAGUGACUAGCAUCUAAUUUUUUUCCUUCAGCAUCAUCCUUGAAUCUCACAUUAAGAAGCUCUUGACUGUUCAACAAAGUCUCCCUUUCAGCACCUUAGGAAAUUUAUAGGGAACAGUAUGGAGAGUAUUCAAAAUGAUGUUAAGUCGUAAAGGGUUAAUAAAAGAGUGCAAUUUUGUUUAUUUUUUUAUAAAUUUUUAAAUUUUUUUUAGCAUUACCACCAGUAACCACCACAGAACCAGAUGGCAACUCUCAAAAGCUUCAGACCUUGGUUGUGGUAGACAAAGACGCAGUCGUAUCCUGGGACUCACUGAGAGCCGUAAGUUUUUUUUUUUAUUAUCUUCCCAGAACUGAUUAAAAAUGAAUUUCUCCUCACAAUAUCAGUACAUUUUCCAACAGGAAGGUGAUGAGAAGAAAUAAAAUUAUCAGUUAGAGGGUAUAUUUGAUUUUACACCAAAUCCUCUGAUGCAAGAUUAUGGGAAAUACAUGGCAAACAGUGUUAAGAAUUUAUAUUCGGAUCUAGGAAGUGAAUAAUUAACCUCUUUUGACCUGAUUAUUAAAUUUUUCAGACUAGUCAAUUUCAAGAGUAGUAUCCUUUUCAGCUGUUGCUUGGUCUCGUCACGCAACGAGGUGAGAGCGCGUUACGUGACAAAACCAAAAAACGGCUGCUAAGGAAAAUAUUUCAAAGGGUAUAUCAUUCUCUUCUUUUUUUUAACUUUGCAGGGUUUAAUAGAACUGAAUGAUCUCAUCCAUGACUUCUCAACUAUCGUUCAUGUGAGUACUAUAAUAGUUUUCUAUUAUAAAAAUUUUACUAUUGCAGAUGGAUCUCCACAUCAUACCACAAGACGUUCUGGUGGCAGAUGUUUUUUUAGAAGAAGUGAACACUCGAUUUCAAAAACGUUGACACGUAGAAAGCGCUUACAAUAAACGGUGAGACCCUAUGGCUUCAUGGGUCAGGUGUACGUAAUAUCCACCAUCAGUUUUGCUUUAUGGACGAUGGAAGCAAUCUGAAAGAAAAGGAAGCUCUUCCUGACAGAAAAGGAUUAUCGUAGAAAAAAAAAGUUCACAUGAAAAACGGGAAAAACGAAUCACUGAUUAUGUAUCUGUGCGAUGAUUUCUCUGAAAGCCGUUUGGUCUAGUCGUUCACGGAUCACACUUUUUAGAUGUCAACGUUUUAAUAAUUGAGUGUUUGCUAUGGUUUGUGAUUUUAAAUUAUUCAUUUGUGAACUUUAGGAGCAACAAGACACAAUCGACUCCAUCGAAGGCAACAUAGAGAGUGCACAAGUUCAUGUUGAGGAAGGCACCAGAGCAUUGGGAAAGGUAGGUGAUCAUCAAGGGCGUGGCAUAGAAAAUUACAGGGUUCAUUUGACCCCCUCUUUGAAUCAAUAGAAAUUACAAGACGAUUGAACGUUUAAUGGCGCGUUUGUCGUUCGAAUAUUUUGCACCGAAUUCUCUCUCACACUGAAACUGCGUCAAACGUCCGCCACAUGAAACAAAUAGAAAAGCACCAUGAACAGGGAAGAUGGUUACUCUGAUGUGAAGGGUUUUAUCUUGUAGAGCAUAAUGUACACCUAGGGUUAAAUACUUGUGCGACGCGAAAUAUUCUAUUCCGUUUUACGAACCAACACAGAUAUCUGCUUUUUUGAUUCGUUGGUCAAAUCUGAACAACAACCAAUCACAGGUUACUAGGGACAUUGGAAAAUUACGUCAUCGGUAUGGAACUUUUAUGACUUAACGUGCGUCUAUCGUGUACCAGAAGGAAUAAAGAGAGCUAAGUUGUGCGGAAGCUACUGUCGUAAAUGAUCUCGCGACGAACAAUCACACCGGUUUACGUUUUCGGUUUGAUUAUAUAUACUCCCUUUACUGGAUUUCACAAGGUUUUUUCUCUAAGAUUACAAUAAAACUAUUGACGUAUUGUACUAAACCUACCACUGUUGAUGGAACGUCAUCUUCCAUUACCGACCUAUGUCACUCUCUGUUUACAUUCUACAGUUACUUGCCAAUAAUUUCAACACUACUUAACAUAGCGUGUUUUUUUUUUGUUUGUUUUUUUUUUUACUUUUCAGGCCAGCAAACUCAAAGCAGUUACCUAUCCGCUGAUUGGCGCGGCAGUGGGAGGGGUGUGUGGGGGACCUUUGGGCUUAGCCAUAGGAUUAAAGGCCGGAGCAGCCAUAGCCCUUGGGGGAGGGGUGUUGGGAUAUUUUGGUGGAAGAUACUUCAAGAAAAAGCAAGAAGAAGCUACUGAUAUCCAGCUUGAUAACUUGAGUUCCAGCAGAGAAGUAAAAAAGUAUCGGUGA